UCCUACACACACAGACGAUUGACGACCACAACAGGGAGCCUUUGCUAAGGUCGAACGCGCUCACACACCGAGGAGCCGUCGCUAUUACACACAACAACCAGGCAUUGCGAAUUCCCAAGACAGAAGGAGAAAACACACAGAAUGACAAAUUUCAUCGGCGGCUCUCCAUCGUCACGUUCCUCGCGACGAGGCCGAUGACGGACUGUCGAGAAGCUCAAACGGAUGGCCAGAGGCCUUGGCUCUUGCCGGCGGACGAGUUCGUAGAGCUUGUCCCGACGCCAGAAGGCUUGCCACGGUCGAGUCGUACUCGCCAAUGGCUAGCACGCCGUCGUCGAGUAAAACUCGGCAGCGGCCAGCAUGGGGCCAUCGAGUCCAACACAUCGGCAGCGACAUGUCAUAUGGCCGUUGUCGAGUCGAACUCGACAACGGCCCCGGGCAUUUGUCGAGUUCGACUCGACGUCGGGAGUACGACUUGGCGCUGGUCCACCGUCGAGUUCGACUCGACGGUCUGGGUUCAUCGUCGGGUCGGACUCGACACUGUUGAGACGAAAUCGACGACGCCCUGGGGUCAUCAUCGAGUCCGACUCGACAGUGGCCGGAGGCUUUGGCGCUUCCCUGCCGUCGUGUUCGACCCGACGACUGAUGGCGACGGUCUGGCCAUUGUCGAAUCCUACUCGAUGGUGACCCCAGGCCGUCAUAUAUUGUCCGUCUCGACGACGCCACCGAGCCAUUAUCGAGUCCGGGACGUCCACGACCUCGGGCCAUUGUCGAGUUCGCUUCAACAUUUACCACAGGCCGUUGUCGAGUUCGACUCGACAAUGGCCUGUGGUCAAUGUCGAGUCCGACUCGACGACGACCCCGGGCCAUUGUCGAGUUCGACUCGACAUUCGACUCGACAAUGGCCUGUGGUCAUUGUCGAGUCCGACUCGACGACGACCCCUGGCCAUUGUCGAGUUCGCUUUGACAAUGACCACGGGCCAUUUUGCGCGUGGGCGUGUACACCACGUGCUGAACAUGACCCCACCGUCGUGUUCAAUUCGAUGAUAGUCGUUGUCAUCGAGUCGAACACGACCGCGGUGGCACCCCCCGACCUCACCGUCGUGUUCAACCCGACGAUGGUCGCUGUCAUCGUGUCGAGCAUGACUGCAGUGGCACCCCGCAACCCCACCAUCGUGUUCAACCCGAUGACGGCCUUUGUCACCGUGUCGAACACGACCGCGGUGGCACCCCAUGACCUCACCGUCAUGUUCUACCCGAUGACGGUCGCUGUCAUCGUGUCGUACAUGACAGAGGUGGCUACCCACAACCCAAGAAACGGUCGUUGUCCUCGUGUCGAACACGACCGCGGUGGCACCCCUCGACCCCGCCGUCGUGCUCAACCUGUGACGGUCGCUGUCCUCGUGUCGAAAGCGACAACAUGUCGUCUUCAAUACGAUGACGCUCAAGCGCGGGCAUGUACACCACGUGCUGAACACGACCUCGUCGUCGUGUUCAACACGAUGAUGGUCGCUGUCAUCGUGUCGAACACGACAGAGGUGGCACGCCCCGACCCCACCGUCGUGUUCGAUGCCACGACAGUCACUCUCGUAGCCGCGGUGCCGGUGGUAAUGUUCAACAUGCGACGGUCGAACGUGGACGUUAUCGCCACCAAAGCACCGUCGCGUUCAAUAAGCAGGACGUCGCUCAUCGUCAUCUUCAACACGACGGCGGUGGACAUGACCGCGCUAGAAACAUCACGUGGUUAACCCGCUAAGGAUAAGAAUUC